UUACAAUUUAUACAGUACAAUAAUUGUGAUGAGUAAAUUUGAUGGUUAAUGGUUAUUUUCUUAUUGACAGGUUAGUAUUUAUCAGCAGUACCACCCUACUAGGUACUUUUUAGACAUUAUUGGUUUUUCUACAUUACCAGGAAGUGAGAUAGAUGAUAGUUGCUUAAUUAACCAGUUAAUGUGAGAGUUUAAGUUAGUUUAAAAAUUUAGUAAUAUAAUUUCACCAAUUAAUUAAGGGUAGUAAUUUUUGUUUGUGAAAUACCAAAGGAAAGACGUUACUAGUUGUAAGCAGAUGGAUUGAAUGCCUAAAGUGUUUUGGUAUUAAAUGGCUUUGUAAAUGGCUUUCCAUAAUUGAGUACCAAUCUGGUUUUUCCAAACUGGUCGAACUAUUGAUUUGUAUAAGUUAAGUUUAUUGGAUAGGGAGAGUUUGGAUUAGGAGGUAAAGCUUUAAGUUAACAGUUUUGUGUGGGCUCAAGGUUAGGUGCUUACCUAGAGUUAGUCCAAGAUAUUUAACUUAAAAUUGGAAUUGUCAGAUUAUUUAACGUAACAGGUGGUGAAUCGAGAUUUCUAAGUGAAAAGGUUACUUACAGAUUUAGAAUAGCUUAUAUUAUCCAUUUAAUGGUUUUAUAUUAGAUAUGGUCAACUGAUAUUCAAUGAUUUAAAUACAUUCAACAAUGUGUCAAUAGUAUUGCUAGAAAUUUCCCAAAUAUUAGUGAAGUAAUCAGUAAACAUUAGUCAAAAUCCAGAAAUGGACGAUAUAAAUAUCACAGAGCUGGCCAUUGAACCAGCGGAAAAUGUCACUAGAGUUUUGACCCGGGAAGAACAAAUGAGAGAAGAGCAUAGAAAACUACAUGAACUGCAUAAAGGCCACGAGUCAAUGCAUGCUGAGAUGUUGAUAAUUUUAAUGAUUACCAUGAUUGUUGCACAAAUAGUGCUAUUAGAAUGGAAAAGAAGACAUUUUAAAUCAUUUCAAGUUGUUACAUCUUUAGCUUUAUGGAUAAUACCAUUUAUUAUGUCUAUUCGUAUGUCAUAUUGGAGGUUUAUUAUAUUUUGGACAUUAUUUUCAUUGAUCACAGGACUAGUGGUACGAAAAGCUUUAGAAAAACCUUUACAAGGAUCAACACCUAGAUUGGUGUACAAAUGGUUCUAUUUCAUCUACAAACUAACUUAUGUACUUGGUAUUGUUGGAUACUUUAUCAUGGUUGCUGCAUUCUUUGGCAUCAGUGUUGUAUUCAAUGUUAACCCAGCUAUAUGGAUGGAUUAUGGAUUGAUAAUUAUGUACUAUGGGUUGUAUUUUGGUGUCUUAGGACAAGAUAUUGCUGAAAUAUGUGCAUCUAAAAUGGCUGCACACUUGGGAUAUUAUACACCUCAAGGAAUGCCAACUAGAAAUUUGGAUAAAAAUAUUUGUGCUGUUUGUGGUAACAAAUUAUUAGUGAAUGCUGGUGAAGAAGGUAUAAUUGAAUCUACUUUCCAAUUAACAUGUGAUCAUACAUUUCAUGAAUUCUGUAUUCGAGGAUGGUGUAUUGUUGGUAAAAAACAAACAUGUCCUUAUUGUAAAGAGAAAGUUGAUUUGAAAAGAAUGUUCCGUAAUCCAUGGGAAAAACCUCAUGUUUUGUAUGGCCAAUUAUUAGAUUGGCUACGUUGGUUUGUGGCUUGGGGACCAAUUAUAAUGAGCAUUAUACAAUUUUUAAAUUAUAUUCUUGGACUGAAAUAG